AUGCAGGUUGAAGUCAACCCUAACGAGGAUACUGAAUGGAACGAUAUUCUUCGUCAACAUGGAAUAAUUCCUGAGAAACCCAAGGACCCUGAGCCAUUGAUCCAGGAAGCCUUAAUUGCAGCGCAGCACAGAGCGCAUGAGAAUCGACUGGAGGACAAGGAUAUUGACGAGCUGGAUGCGCUGGAGGACGAGGAGGACGAGGAAUUCCUUCAAAAAUACAGACAACAGCGCCUUGCGGAGCUUUCUACCCUCCAACAAACCAGUCUAUUCAAUCAGGUCUACCCCCUACAGAAAGUCGACUAUGCCCGAGAAGUCACAGAAGCAUCAAAGAGCGCCUUUGUUCUUGUCAAUCUCACAUCUCAGGGUGCCAAUGUCGAGUCUCGAGUACUGACAGAGCUCUGGCGACAAUUGGCCGCCAAGUUUGGCGAUAUCAAGUUCUGUGAAAUCCGCGCCGAUAUGUGUAUUGAGGGCUACCCUGAGCGCAAUACCCCUACUAUUCUCGUGUAUAAGGAUACGGAGAUCCGGAAACAGUUGAUUACUCUGCGAGAACUUAACGGGCCGCGGACUAAGAUUGAAGAUUUGGAACGUCUUCUUGUCGAGAUCGGAGCUGUCAAGGAAAGUGACGUUCGCAUUAAGAAGCGUUCCGAUUCAGAUGACGACUACCGCAAGAAUGAUGACCUGAACGUGGAGGACUACGACGAUGACUGGGACUGA